GUACCUAGUACCUAGUACAUAUGUAAUACCCACUGUGCAACACCAGUGACUGUUGACUCAAUUGACUUCCAAGGUUGGGUUUGAAGCUUGGACCUUUUGCUGCCCAGUCCACCUUCAGCUGACUCUGCGGGGCUUUAUCGUACAUACCUAGGCUGUUGAACAUUCAAGUCUUUUAUUGGAAACCUUCUCUUACAGUUAUCCUACUACGGAUCGACCCGGAAGCUUCAAUGUUGUUAGUCACAAAGACAUUCGUAGGCAGAAAUACAUAACCUUAGCAUCAUAGUAGGCAAACCUGGAAGGUUUCAUGGUGCUGUUGCGUACAUACACAUAUCAUUGAUAUCUAUGUUGCGUAUCGAACUCGGAGAAAUCCCACCCACCCGCCUCUUAGAUCGCAUUUUAUUUUCUUGUCUCGCACCUGGUCGGCUUAAAGUAUUGAUCAUUGAUAUUAUACCUUCAUAAGUCUCCAAGGCCCUUGCUUCUCUAGUAAAUGAUUUCUAAGUACCCUAAGUACCUACCUAUCUACAUGUAACUUGUAUGAUUCAAGGUUCAAACAUUGAAAUCCUUUUCCAGCAGACAUACAUCAUCACCAAAUGACCAACACGCAAGAAGGCUUUCUUCCCCAGGCCAACACCACAAGCUACCAAAGGGAACGGGAGCAGCUAUUAAGAAAGCUAAUCCGCCCAUGUCUCAAUCUGAUCGCCACCAUGUCUGAUAAGAAACCUCCCCCGACUCCCCUCUCUCCCUCGACUAUCGCUUCUUCUGCUCCCAAAUCUCGCGAUGAUUCCAUCGCUUCUGCCUCCUUUAUAUCUCCCGAGAUCGACAAAGAUCAGCUUGCCCAGGCGCUUGACAAGAUACAUACCUCGGCCAAGGAAAAGCAUGUCCUGACUACCUUCAACGAUAUCGCCCCACCUCCCGAAUGUGCUACUGCUGUUGAAAGUAAAGGAAUAGCGGGUGAUAUUAUGCAAAAUGGCUUAAGUGGUUUAUAUUCCAGAUUCAAAGAGGUCGUUAGGGUUAGCGGAAAGGAUAGGUCAGUUGGAACCACGGCCACCAAGGAGAGUCCUGAUCCGAACGAUGGAGAUACUGCGUCGAGGAAGAGUUCAAGCACUACUGCUACAAUCUCUAAGACCCCCGUCUCUUUGCUACGUCCAGAUACGGGAACACCGAGUUCAACCUUCAAUUCUAACUUAUCCGACUCUAUAACGUCCACUGUUGGAUCAUCAUCAGGGGCGGCCCAGACAAGCGAAAGUCAAUCCCAGCAACCCCAAUCUACUAUUGCUUCGUCCGUAACCAAUCUUACCACUUCCAAGUCUGUGUCCUCGAGUAGACAUAGCAUACCGAACACCAUGAAGGCAACCGCUGCUGUUGCGCCUGUGCACGUCAGCGCUUUUAAAGAUGGGUCGCGUAGUUCGACUUCGAGGACUGAAGAUGGCCAAAAUAGGGGAAUGAGUAGGAGGAGUAUUAGCAAGGCGAAUGAUGGGCAGCCUGCCCUUCCAGUCGCAGAGACAUCGGCACAUUUUGAAGUUCCCGGGAAGAAGCGGGUGUCCACCCUGGAUAAGAUCACCAUACCUACUCAUUCCCGACGAGAUGAUGGGUUGAGUGGUGACGGAAAUACGGAUUCUCCUAUAAGUCCUUUGAAGAGAUCUAGUGUCGGCCCUCCCAUCAUCACAAGCCCUAAGUCGGCCCCAUCGGAUCCCCAACUACUCCCCCAAGCAUCCCGGCUUUCCUCUAAGGAUGCAGUGAGACGCCCGGUCUUAAUUGACAGGAUUAGCUUUUCUCGAACAUCUGGUGAUCUUUCGAGAUCGUCGUCGCUUUCGCGAGGCACUACGGAGCACAGCCCUAUAAGUACAUCUGCGCAUAACAACGUUCAUCACGAGUCAUUUACACAUGUUCCCGGCUCCCAAAGAGCAAAGUCGAGAGACUUCAGGAUCCCGGGUACAACUACUGACGAGGGUGCUCCUGAAAUUGUCAAUGCGAAACUGGCUUCGAUGCGAAAGCAAGUGUUGAGUAAAGAUUUCUGGAUGGCUGACGAGACAUGCAAGGAGUGCUUUUUGUGUGCGGCUCCAUUUACUGCUUUCCGCCGUAAACACCAUUGCAGAACCUGUGGGUGUAUAUUUGAUAGCGGUUGCACGUCUAUUAUCUCAGGCCAAAGAUUUGGUGUUCAGGGGACAUUACGUGUGUGCAAACCAUGCCUGAAUAUCAUCCUCCAAAGACAGGAUGGGGCACAAUCAGAUGAUUCGGCCGACGAUUCGUUUCUCCCAGCAAUUUACCGCCAUAGUCAAUAUAGGCGAGGGUAUUCCCCCUUUUCAAAGGCCGACCGAGAUGAUGCUAGUAUAUCCGAGAGAACUGAAGAUAUAGAAGACGAGAGUAGGUCGUUGUCUGCACCAAUGAUGGCCAUUCCUGCGGCAAGACGCAUCGGAGAAUCCUCGAAUCGGAAUUCAGCUGUAUUGGAGAUUGACGCACCACAACUGAGUAGACCAAGCUCGUCUAGGUCCUUGAAGUCUAUUACCUCGGGGAGACCUCAGUCUUCCGGUCAUAGGCGUCACCAUUCGAAGCACAACUUGUGGAGUCGGCUCAAAGCUUCACCCGAGCAACGAGCGCCCUUUCGAAAAUCCGCAAAGGAAGAAGCCACCCGAAAGACUGGCUUGCAUGCCUUCCAUGAUGACAAUGUCAUUGAUCCAGAUUUGGCCCCUUUUAUGUCAGACGAAUCCAGUGGCGACGAACAGAUGAGCAUUGCAGGGGCGAUGGCUGCAUCUGAUCUCCACGUUUCAUCCGUCACGGACCCUGAGCGGUCAAAUUUCGGAGCUUACCUUAGCACUGGGAGACGGUUGAGGAACCGAACACAGACAGACAAAAGCAUCAGUGGCGUUAGUUUCACCAGCCGUGGCCUUGAUGAACUACAUCCAAAAUCUUCUAGACGUCGAAAUAUGAGUAUUGCCAGCGGUCACCACGUUCGCUCCCCUAGACCUAAAUCAUCGGCGUUGAGAGGACCAACCGGAUCAAGUGAGACCCUUCCAUUGUUUGAUACUCCAGGUGGAUCCGAAGUGCCGCGUCUUACAAGAAGUUCAUCCAUGAAAGGCGAUAGACAGCCUCGGUUAGAACUCAACCCUGCGAGUUUAUUGCACGUUCGGAAACUUUUAGCCCAGUUACUUCAAGACUCUAAUGUACCGAACGCGACCGCGUGGGAGAAGGCCCUGGUACCGAUUCUCCUAAAAUGUACUUCGUCUGUGGACCCCGACAUCGAUAGGGGAGACGACAUCGAUAUUCGUCAUUAUGUCAAACUCAAGAAGAUACCGGGAGGUAGGCCUAGUGAUACUUGCUACGUUUCCGGUGUCAUUUUCACGAAAAAGCUCGCUUUGAAAAGUAUGCCGCGACGAAUGUCCCAUCCUCGUGUCGUAAUUGUAUCCUUCCCAAUUGAGUACCAGCGACAUCAGCAACAGUUCAUGAGCCUUCAACCAGUAAUCGAACAAGAGCGGGAGUUCUUGAAGCAGUUGGUAAACAGAAUCACAGCCCUACGACCUCAAUUACUGCUAGCCGAGAAAAGUGUAUCGGGUCUUGCAUUGCAAUUUUUGUCGGAUGCGAAGAUUUCUGUUGCUUACAACGUCAAACCUUCCGUACUGUCAGCUGUUUCUAGAUGCCUAGAGACGGAAGUCAUUUCAUCUGUGGAUAUGUUAGCACUUCCUCCCCAUCAAUUCCAGCCAGGGAAGAGCACAGGCUACGAAGUAAAGACAUUCGUUAACGAGGACCUUCCUGGUCGGAAGAAGACAUACGUAUUCUUGUCUAGUAACCAAGAAGAGCUUGGGUGCACAAUCGCGCUCAGGGGCGCUUCGACUCCCAUCCUGUCGAAGCUUAAGCGAAUAACAGAGUUUAUGGUAUAUGUGGUGUAUAAUCUCAAACUUGAGUCUUGCUUGAUGCGAGACUCAUAUAUCCAACUCCCCACCAGCGAAGAUAUUUCGAAAGAUUCUAGCCAAGCUAUUGACGCGAGUCUAGCCUCUCUCAGUACGAAGACAUCCAAUCCAGGCGAUGACAAGCAGAGAAAUACACCCACAAUCCAAGACGAUGUACCAUCAACUCAGGAGAGCCAUCCCUCUGAGAUGGCUGACCUACCAAUUGACGAAGUAUCGCAAGAUCAACUCAUUUCACCAUCGACUGAACCAACCGACCAGUUGGUUUGCUUUCAUGAAUCGCAUUCCCAGACGACUCAUGACAGCCCGGUCCCAGAAGAUAUCCCCAUGCCGACUUUUUACAGUGAUAUGGUGGCUAAAUAUGAGACCAAAAUUCUCUCCGCGUCUCCUUUUGUCAAAUUUGCCCAGCCGUAUCUGCUGAUGAAGGCCCGCGAACAAGAGAGGAAGUUGGUACAUCUUAAACGGUUGCGGGACCAGGAUGUCAUUGGCGAUCGUCUCGACAGUGAGAAGCAAAAUCCUCAGAAAUUUCAACUUAUAAAACCACGGAUGGUACUCGAAACUGGCCACAAAGCCCCCCGGCAAUUCAUGGAAAUACUUCAUGCAGUUCACGACGCUGAAUAUGAUAAAGCUCUCUAUAAUUAUCAGACUCAGACACGCCAGUGGGAAAACUAUAUACAAGGAAAUAUUGGUCUAUUCGAGCCGUAUGCACAUCAAAGUAUUGUUGUAUUGCAUUCCAUCAUCUGUACUGACUCGAAGAUACCUUGCCUGGAACCGACCUUGACUGCGAUUGGGUUCUACGAUGAACACGUGGAGAAUAAUAGUGGCGUAGAACCGGACUGCACCUUAGGUCAAUACAUCGAAGAUAUCUGUUACGGUGCUGAUUCGAUCUGCAAGGCAAAUGGCUGUGAGAAGAAAAUGUAUGAACACCACCGAACCUAUGUUCAUGGGGAAGCACGCAUCACAGUUUUCAUUGAGGAGGAUACUAGAGGUAGACUACGUGGCGAUAAUAUCAUGAUGUGGAGCUACUGCAAGCUCUGCAAACGAGAGACUAGUGAGUUGGAAAUGUCCAAAGGUACAUGGAAAUAUUCAUUUGGAAAAUACCUUGAAUUGUCAUUUUGGAGCAGAGGCACCCGUUUAGUCAAAGACGAAGACGAAGAUGGAUGGAAUUGCCCUCAUGAUCAUCACCGCGACCACAUACGCUACUUCGGAUUGCAUGACAAGGUUAUUCGCGUGCACUACGAUCCUAUCGACCUGCUGGAGAUUAUUGUCCCUCGUGCCAGAAUCACCUGGAAUGUUGAGCAUGACCUCAAUAUGAAAAAUGAGAUCUUCACCCAUUCCCAAGACAGAUGGACUCGGUUUACGACUUCAGUAAAGGCCAGGCUGAAAGCCAUCAAUAUCGAUAAUAUCCUUCCUGAAAAGGCUGAGGCAUGUAAGGCGGAGAUGGAGCGACUGUCGAAAAAGAUCCAGGAGGAUCAUACCUCGCUCGUGCGGAAACUCCAAGACAGAUAUAUGGAGUCUAAAUAUUACGAGGUCAUUCCUUUCAACGUAAUUCUUCGAGAAAUGCUAGUAAAGGUGGGCGAAUGGGACAGCGCUUUUGCGAAAUUUGAGUCCGAUUUCCUGCCAUCAGAUAAGGAUAUCCGGAGGUUGACUAUCAUUCACCUUAGAAAGAUGUUCAUGGAUGAAUCAAAAGAGUCUCUCUCAAGCAAUGAUGUCUCAAAUGAGCCAGUUGAAGUUUUAGACGACAGUGUUACUGAUGGUGAUUCUAAGCUGGACUCGCAACCAUCAGAAGCCGCAUCUGAUCCUUCUCAGCUUGAUACGAUCCAAGAAAAGUCACCCCUAGACGAUCCACCUCAAGAAUCCACUCUUUCUAGAGUCGAGCCACUGGACCUCGCAACGACAAACUCACCUAGGCACACCGCAAUCCAACCUGAUAACCACGAUGCAGUUUCACAAUUACCCCCAAUAACGCAAGCUAGCCCAACUCCAGCGGCAUCUCCCGACCUGACGCCAAAAACCACCACUACCACGAUGCCUCCCAUGUCGUUGACUGAGCAGGUCGAACAAAUUCGCCGUCGGCAGCCGGCCGAGGGCACGGGUUCUACAGCCCCAGUUGGAAAUGGGCAGUUCAAGAUGACCGCAGAUUCUCCGAGGGCAAUAACAGAGCGUGGCUCUUCCCGUAGGAUGGGUAUGAACGUAUCGCCGCCGAUGAUUCGCGCUCUAUCACAGCCAGCGAAUAGUAUGCCGACCCUGCCUCGCAUGCACUCUGCGGUAGGGAAGAAGAUGUUCAGUACCAGUAAAGACAAAGAAAGAGCUGCACCCACUGAAGGGCCAGUUGGUCAGGAGCUGAAGAAGGCUUCAACAAAUGAAUCUACCAAAAGCGAUAAGAAACUUUUUGGUAACCUUAGGUCUCACCGAAAGGGCAAUACCUCCGCCAUCCCACGGUUUGUUGGCAAGAAGGACUCGAGAGUUUCUACUAUUCGUAAACAUUUCGAGCAGCUUAGUCGGGAAUUUGAAAAAGAGCGCGAGAAGGAUCGCGAAAAAAGGAAACAGAAAAUGUCACAUUCAAGGCCUUUCCUUCAGCAUUCAUCAACUAAAGCCAUAGUAGAAGUAUAUGAAGACGUGGACGAAGCGGUCCAGGAACCAGGCCCUGCCGAGGAUGAACACCCCAUCAUAGCAGAAUCUAUGGGUUUUAAACAAAGUAGUCUAGCAGAACCGAGAGUAGGCCAAAUAGCUGAUGCAAUCGUCCAAGAGCCACCUCAAACCUCACAAACCCCAAGAGAUGAUUCGCAUCAUCCUGAUGAAGCCGGAACUGAGAACGACGACCACAUCCACAACAACAGUUUAGGGACAACAGACGAUGAACAAGGAGAAAGUGACACGGAGCACUCAUUGAUUGAUGGCACUACACUGGAGGAAAUUGCUGAAUCAUUUGAUGCUAGCACGGAGAUUCCAACCGAACUUCCCAAACAAGACAAAAACAAUUUCAUGAAAGUGCUCACCACCUUUUGGAACGAACGAUCAGCCAGCCAGUGGCCACCCUUGGACUAUCCUUUGAAUGCAACAGACCACAUCUUCAUCGACUCCGACAUUAUUGUCCGAGAGGAUGAGCCAAGUUCUCUGAUUGCAUUUGCCCUUAGUAGCGAAGAUUACAAGGAGAAGCUUCGGACAUUUUACCGCAAAAAGUACGCGGAUAAGACAACAAGCUCGUUGGAUUCAGAGGAUGAGGCGCCAUCGGAUAAUUACUCUGACCUUGGGGAAACCAUCACCGAAGAUCAACUAGAGACCAAACUCGUCCACACUACAAGUACUCAUUACAAGUAUCAAGUUACUGAAGGGACAGCAAGAAUGCUAGUGAAGAUAUUUUACGCUGAACAAUUUGAUGCUCUACGUCGGAAAUGCGGCGUUGCGGAUCGGAUUGUUGAAUCCCUUUCCCGGUGUCUCAAGUGGGAUUCGAAGGGUGGCAAGACGAAGUCGGUAUUUUUGAAAACACAAGAUGACCGCUUGGUCAUGAAGUCCUUAUCGCCGGUAGAAACUAACGCAUUCUUGAAAUUUGCACCGGCGUAUUUUAGCUUAAUGGCCGAGGCGCUUUUCCACGACUUACCGUCAGUCAUCGCUAAGAUGUUAGGGUUCUUUCAAGUCAUCAUAAAAAAUCCAGUAACAAACACAGAAAUCAAACUUGACUUGCUUCUCAUGGAAAACCUAUUCUACGACAGAGCUCCAACUAGGAUUUUCGAUCUCAAGGGUUCGAUGAGGAACCGAAAAAUCCAUUCGACCGGUGAGCAAAACGAGGUGCUACUCGACGAGAACAUGGUCGAGUACAUUUACGAAUCACCACUUUUCGCAAGGGAGCAUUCGAAGAAGCUCCUGCGCGUCUCGGUAUGGAAUGAUACACUUUUCUUGGCUCGCCAGAAUGUCAUGGACUACUCCCUUAUGAUCGCGGUGGACGAGGUCAAGAAGGAGUUAGUGGUAGGUAUCAUUGACUGCAUUCGGACGUACACGUGGGACAAGAAACUGGAAAGCUGGAUCAAAGACCGCGGUUUCGCAGGGGGCGGCCGCAACAGGCCCACUGUGACCAGUCCGAAAGAAUACAAGUCGAGGUUCAGGGAGGCGAUGGCGAGAUACAUUCUCGAAGCACCAAAUUGCUGGCACCAGUACAGUUCGCCCUUGCUGGCAUCGAGGCCAACACGUGCAGUAGUUAGCAUCAAAAGGGCUGAUGAAACCGCUUCGAUAGAUGCAGGUCUAGCAUAGAUCUUGUCAUUUACUCUCUGGGGCCUUUUCUUGUAUGCCUAGGUGGUAUUUUGUAUGGGUAAAGUGUGCUGUGUGUUUUGAGGUUCUCACUGCGAAACGAUUUUAUGAGGCGUCUAUAGAAGGGGGUGCAAAAGGAAUUGGAUGACCACAGGGCAACUUACCUAAGGUACUACCUACUACCUAGUACCUACUAGGUAAUGCACCAUGAGCUCACGAAUGAAGGCAUCAAUCACGGUUAGGAAUAUGGAAGGGGGCAGGGUACCUGCUCAGAGUACCUGGCUUAGUACUUAAAUAGUUAAUUUCUUUGCUUUCUUCAGUAGCUCAUAGAUACCCCUAUUAUCACGAUGAAGAUGAUUAAAUAGUAAUGAAGUCGUUUCCAUGCUGUAGUUUAUGCCCCUAAGGCAUUUACCUUAUGUACCUAGGUAGGUAUAGUCAAAUAGGGGCAUGAUUGGAGUUCGUUGGGAAAGAAUGAUGACAUCUGGAAUUAUGAGGUGGGCACAGUGGGGUGGAAGC